GCCUACCGGUCACAACGAUAUCUGUGCAACCCACUGCGGGUCGAAUGACAACAUGUUCCACGACGAACAGGCUGUCCAGAUAUUCUGGACCAACAAAGCCAAUUCCUUCAAGGUUGACCGGAAUUGUGAGGCUGCCAUGAAUCACACCCACCGAGGUCGUACUUGAAUGGAACGACACGUGAAGGCAAGUCAUCAAUAGAGAAGCCACAUCAGCAAUGUCAACGGGGUACCAAAUGCCCCAGCACGCAAGCAGAAUGGAACCGUCCACUACCAACUGCCCCUGCUCGAUUAAUGGACUUCAAAUAAUUACGGAGCUCCGGACUGUCCAGCCUGUUGUUGAACUCGGCACGGUUCUCGAUAUCGUUCAAAAGGUAUAUACACAUGGCAAGGAUGUACUCCAAUGCCAAGACUGUCGAAAAAGCCCACACUCAUCGUAUGUGAUGCUACCAGCAUUGGCGGAGCAAUGUCUCUCCCUAUUUGAAGCCGUCUGUAUAGCAUAUAAUAUUACGAGGGGGAACAUGCUAUUUGAUCCAUCAGUGUUGGCGUUCGAGGAGCCAUUGCCGCAAUUUAUCUGUAUGAGGAGUAAGACAGUGUUGGGGCAGAUAGAGCUGGAUGAAAGGGAGUCGGUGAUGCUUGUAAGAACACUACUGGGGAGGAACUUAAUGAAGAUCUUGGAGGUGUUGGAGACCCUGCAAAAGAUAUUCAGGUCGUUAGGGAAAGAGGCUAUUGAAGGGGGACGAUGUGCGGGCCCCGCAACGCUACGGGCGUGUGAGUCUUCGGUUGAAGCCACCAUGCGGAGGUUCGCAGUGUUCAUGAAGCAAGUUGAGGAUAACUCCGGUAGGUCGUUUAUACUCUAGGCUCGUGGUUGUGGCUAACAGUGAUUCGUGUAGGGGCGUGAAGGAUGACGACGAGGAGUGAGGGGUGAGGACGAGGCGUACCCUAUAUGCUAUGUGAGAUCAAGCAAGUUAAUAAAUUAGAUUGGGUUCC